GUGUGGAUCAAGCCGCCUGGAGCUGGACCGUUGGUCUUCCAUAGAGACUCUCCGUACUUCGAUUUCGUCCCUGAGGACGUCAUCACGAUUUGGAUCGCGCUGGAUCCAAUGGUUCCCGAGAUUGGGCCCCUCCAGUAUGCCGUGGGCUCACAUCGCUGGGGGGAGGGCCGCCGAGGAACGGCGGCGCAGUUCUUCGAUUCCAACCACCAGCAGCUGAUGGCGGAUGCUGCAAAACACGAGGGCUUGAGACUGGAGGAGGUGGAGCUCAUCUCCGUACUCGUACCGCAGGGCGGCGCCGGCAUUCACGAUGGCCGCACCUGGCAUG